CACUCCUGUGUGGAGAGUUUAUUAUUCCGAGAAAACCAGACGUAAACUAAGUAUCGAUUUGAAAACAAUACUGCUUUUUGCUUGUAAUUAAAAGAAAAAUAUUCAAGCAAUGGCAGAACAAAACACAGAAACAACAACAACUGACGUGGAGAACACCUACACGGCUCCGGGCAAUGAUCCAAAAAACAUGCAGGAGGUGACACAAUAUGUUCAGUCACUCUUACAAAAUAUGCAAGACAAAUUCCAGAGUAUGUCAGAUCAGAUCAUUAACCGGAUAGAUGAGAUGGGGACUCGUGUUGAUGAAUUGGAGAAGAAUAUAACAGAUCUUAUGACACAAGCUGGUGUUGAAAAUGAGAAGUAGUACCUAAUAAACCUAGCAGUGAUCCUAGAUGUAACAAUCACACCACAUUGUUUUGUGCCUGAAUCAUGUCAUUUUUACCAUUUAGCGUCAAAGUAAAAUACAUUAAAACAAAAACAAAGAUUGAAUAGGUGAUAUCACUCCAUAGGGGCUGAAUGAUUGUGUGGCUCAUGUAUUAUAAUAAUAGUAAUAUUGUUAUAUAAG